UCAGUAUUUGCCUUGUUGAUUCAGGAUUGGAAGUUUGAACUGUGGUUCAAAGAGAAAGUGUUUCGGCCAUAUGCAACUUUGUGGAGUUUGUGAAAUACAAUAAUAUCGGUUGUUUCCUUCUUGUGAACUUAACUUUUGGGUGGAAUUUUGCCUUGGUAUGUUAGUGCUCUAAUCAUAUCCAGAACAUGAGAAAAGAAAUUCUGGAGUAUUUAUUGGAACAUUCAGUAUUAGCAUGAAGGUGGUUUUGAUUUGGAGCAGAACUAGAGUUAAAGUUUUGCUAUGUCAGCUGUUGUCAUGUGACUAAACCGAUUUUGUGGGCAGCUGUUUAAUUUGAUCUGGGCAACUUAGCACAGUUAUUACAGUGGUCUGCCAGAUUUUCUUACUCGAGUAGUUGUAUUGUUUGUAUUCUCUGAAGAUGGUGAGCAGUGUGGUUAUAUUGUCAAGUUCGACUUUAUUUUGAAUGAGUGAUGAAGAUUGGUGUUCUGCACUGAAAGUACAUUUUUAUUAUGUAGCUGUGUACUUUAUUGAGCUCAAUAGUUGCCGGGAGGUUCUUCUGUUACUUGGAAGAGUUAGUUAACUAUUAGUCUAUAGCUCUGAAUUCCUAUUUAUGUGAAGAGUCGAACAACAUGGACACUGAAAUUUUGACUCCUAACCAUCAGCCAGGCAUUGGUCAGCGGUUACUUCCAGCGGUUGUACCUGUGCUUUUAAUUGCGAUAGGAUACGUUGAUCCAGGAAAGUGGGCUGCUGCUGUUGAGGGAGGAGCACGUUUUGGGUCUGAUUUGGUUCUGCUAAUGCUUGUUUUCAAUUUUGCUGCUAUUUUAUGUCAGUACCUUUCAGCUCGUAUUGCUGUGGUCACCGGAAGAGAUCUUUCCCAGAUUUGCAGUGAAGAGUAUGACAAGACCACAUGCAUAUUCUUGGGAGUUCUAACUGAGCUUUCCAUGAUUGCUUUGGACCUUACUAUGAUUCUGGGCACUGCACAGGGACUCAAUCUAAUUUUAGGCGCAGACCUAUUCACUUGUGUCUUUCUGACUGCUAUUGAAGCUGUUCUAUUUCCAGUUUUUGCCACCCUCUUGGAUAAUGGGAAGGCAAAGUUCCUUUGCAUAUCAAUGGCAAGCUUUAUAUUACUUUUUUAUGCUCUCGGAAUUUUCUUUAGUCAACCAGAAAUUUCAAUGUCCUCGAGUGUGAUGCUUACAAAGUUAAGUGGGGAGAGUGCAUUUACAUUGAUGAGUCUUCUUGGAGCAAAUAUCAUGCCCCACAAUUUUUAUCUCCAUUCCUCUAUUAUACAGCAGGAACCUGGGCUACCAAAUGUUUCCAAGGGACUCCUGUGUCAUGACCAUUUUAUUGCCAUCCUAUCCAUCUUCAGUGGUGUUUUUCUGGUGAAUUAUGUGCUGAUGAACGCAGCAGCAAAUUUGUUCUACAGUACAGGCCUUGUUUUGCUUACUUUUCAGGAUGCGUUGUCUCUAAUGGAUCAGGUAUUUAAGAGUUCAACAGUGCCCUUUGCCUUUCUUCUGGUUCUGUUUGUCUGCAGUCAAAUCACUGCAUUAACUUGGAAGCUUGGUAGACAAGAAGUCCUGCAUGAUUUCUUUGGGAUGGACAUUCCUGGUUGGCUUCAUCAUGCUACAAUCAGAAUUAUUGCCAUUAUCCCAGCCCUCUAUUGUGUGUGGUUUUCAGGUGGUGAAGGUCUAUAUCAAUUGCUAAUAGUUACACAGGUAGUGGUUGCGCUCGUGCUGCCGUCUUCCGUGAUCCCCCUUUUCCGGGUUGCCUCAUCAAGAUCUGUAAUGGGCAUCUACAAGAUUUCUCAGUUUGUGGAGUUCUUAGCCCUGAUCAUGUUUAUUGGCAUGCUGGGCUUGAAGAUUAUUUUUCUGGUAGAGAUGAUAUUUGGGAACAGUGAUUGGGUUGGUAAUUUGAGGUGGAAUAUGGGGAGUAGCAUAUCUGUAUCGUACAUCGUUCUUCUCAUCACUGCCUCUUCUUCACUUUGUUUAAUGAUUUGGAUUGCAGCCACACCAUUGAAAUCUGCUAGUUCCAGAUUAGAUGCUCAGGUAUGGAAUUGGGAUUUAAAAGAUGCUGUACCUGAGUCAUAUGCAGAGGGAGACGAGAGUGAUUUUAAUGAAACUAGGUAUGGUAGGGUGGAAUCCAUAAAGAAGCAUGAACCCGCAAUAGCUCCAGGAAAGUCCUUGGAAGUUCACUCAAAUAUUUCAAUUACAAGUACUGAUGUGAAUUUUCCCGUAACUCUCCUGGAUACUGAUAACAUGCCUCAUUUGACUCCUAUUGAGGAAAAUGGUUCUAAUAUUACGUAUCCUAGUCCCUCUAUGUUCCAUCCAGAGGAAUCAGCUACCACGAUUGAAACGGUUGUGGUCUCAGCUGUUUGUAGUGAAGGUUCUGUUGAUGAGUCAGUGGAUUCCAUUGCCUUGAGGACAGAAUCAACAGGCUUAGUAGAAAAGCAUGUAAAUGUAGAGGAGGAUUUACAGACUGGGAAGGAUGAGGAGGGGGAUAAUUGGGAGCCUGAAGAAUCUUUUAAAGGGGUGUCUGGGAGUAGCGCAUUUUUAACAUCUGAAGGCCCAGGGUCAUAUAGGAGUCUCAGUGGGAAAGGUGAUGAAUGUGGGAGUGGUGCUGGAAGUCUUACCAGAUUAGCAGGAUUGGGACGUGCUGCCAGACGUCAAUUAGCUGCAGUUCUUGAUGAAUUCUGGGGUCAGUUGUUUGAUUUCCAUGGGCAAGCAACACAAGAAGCAAAGGCUAAGAAACUGGAUGUGUUAUUGGGGAUAGAAUCAAAGGUUGAUGCAAAGCCUGUUACUCCACUGAAAGUGGACACCGGUGUGAAGGAAUUUACUGGAUACUUUUCAGCUGUGGGUGGAAGAGGGUCUGAUUCUCCAAUGAAUUCAAGUGCAUAUGACUCUCCCAAGCUCCUUGGAGUGCAAGGCAGCAUGGAAAGGGGGCCAUCUUCAUCAUGGUCCGGCCGCAUGCAGUUGUUAGAAGCGUAUGCGCAAAACUGUGGCCACAAUCUUGACUCUGGUGAGAGGCGAUAUUCUAGUUUGCGACUUCCACCAACUUCUGAUGGCAAUGACUACCAGCCAGCCACUGUACACGGCUACCCGGUUGCACCAUAUCUCAGUCGGAUUGCUCAAGGAAAAAAUUCUGAUUACUUAAAUGGCCAAUUGGAGGCACUAGCCCCAAAAUCCCCAUCUUUGGGCACAUCAAGUUACAGAGAUCCACAUGCUUUUGCUUCAGGACGAAAACCACAAAAUGGGUUAAGCACUAUGGCACCACCUGGUUUUUCAAAACCUGUUGUAUCUAGAAAUAUUUCGUUGCGAUCUGAAAGACCUUUGAAUGAUUAUUGUUCUGCGGGGCCUGCCGACAAUCUCAAUAGCGCAGUCAAUGAAAAGAAAUUCCAUAGCUUGCCAGACAUAGCAGGACUCUCUCAUCCUUACCGGAAUUUGUACUUGUCUGAUAGGAGUGCUCGAUGGGACAGACCCAUUGGAUACGGACCAUCUCUAUACCCAAAUACUUUAUUGAAAGCAGGAGCUCCUUUGGGAUUUGAUGAAUUCUCACCUUCAAAACCACACAGAGACCCUUUCACCUUACAGUUCAGCUCGAGCUCAGCAACUGGAUCCCUGUGGUCCAAACAACCCUCCGAACAGUUUUCUGUGGCUGACAAAACACACAAUAUUGGUGAUACGGGAGUAGGGUGUAAGCAGAGUUCACUUACUCCAGAAACUACAUCUGUUGUGGAUUUGGAACCAAAGCUACUUCAGUCUCUCAGAAACUGUAUUGUGAAGCUUUUGAAACUGGAAGGGUCUGAUUGGUUGUUUAGACAGAAUGGUGGGGCUGAUGAGGAUCUUAUAGAUCGUGUGGCUGCAAGGGAGAGAUUCCUUUAUGAGGCUGAAACUAAGGAGAUGAACCGGGGAGUUCACAUUGGUGAAUUUCAGUAUUUGUUCGACAGGAAGCCGGGUUCUGUACUGAAAAAUGAUGAUACAGAUUAUGCCAAAUUUCUGGUUUGCUCAUUUCCUAAUUGUGGAGAGGGCUGUGUUUGGGGAGUGGAUUUGAUAACAAGCUUUGGGGUGUGGUGCAUUAACCGGGUUCUUGAGCUCUCACUAAUGGAAAGUAGGCCAGAGCUUUGGGGGAAAUACACGUACGUACUAAAUCGUCUUCAGGGAAUCAUCAAUGUGGCCUUUUCCAAGCCUCGUAACCCAGUGACUCCCUGCUUCUGCCUGCAAAUCCCAGUGGUAUACCAACAGAGGUUAAGCCCACCUAUUUCAAACGGAAUCUUGCCUCCACCUGCAACCAAACAGGGCAAGGGGAAAUGCACAACUGCAGCGAUGCUCUUAGACACAAUCAAGGACGUCGAAAUUGCAAUAUCUUGCCGAAAAGGUCGGUCCGGCACUGCAGCUGGUGACGUUGCUUUCCCGAAAGGAAAAGAGAACCUGGCUUCCGUUCUCAAACGCUACAAGCGUCGCUUGUCCAACAAACUAGGUGGCACUCAUGAAGGUGGUGGCGGGUCUGGAUCGCUCAAGGUUCUCACAUCAGCUACUUAUUGCUCGUAACAAUUUCCCAAAAGUCCAUGUCAACUUGGAUGAUAUUCAGAGUUGUUUGAUUUUGGUAAGCGGCUCAUUGUCCAUGCUGUUGUUAUGGCUCUCUCUCUCUCUCUCGUAUGAAAUAUUUGCUGCAUAUUUAAUUUCCAUGUAUGUCAUGUAUACGUAGGAUAAAAUUACUGGAUGUGUAAUUGCAGCAGAAUGGAAGAAAGUGGGUAAAUGAAAGGUGGAAUGUGAUUAUAUCAUAAUUUUCAUUUCAGUCA